GGACGUGCUACCUUGGCCCAGGAUUAAACACUUGUUAAACUUCUCAUGAACAAACAAAUAACUUUUCAACGAAAUCAAGUUUUAUUCAACGAUUGGAGGAAGAGGGACAACAAUUGAGGUGAAAUGGCAGCUGAGAUAAAACCAGCACCCGGUGCUAAUAAUGACAAAUUCAGUACGAGCCGGAAGCCAAUACUUAUGUCCAAGUUGGAGGGAUGCAAUGACGAUGUCAAUGCUGCUGUCAUCAUACCCAAGGAGGACGGAGUCAUCAGUGUCUGUGAUGAUAGGACUGUUAGAGUAUGGCUGAAACGUGACUCUGGACAGUACUGGCCCAGUGUCUGCCAGUACAUGGCUGCUGGAGCCACUGCAAUGCAUUACCAUGUGGAGAGCAGAAGACUUUUUGUGGGGCUGGAGAAUGGAUCCAUUGACGAAUUUCUCCUUGAGCAGGAUUACAACAGAAUGACAGCGAUGAGGGAGUACUUGGCUCAUCAGGGUAGAGUGACGGGUGUAGUGUUCUCUGGAAUUCACAGCUGGAUACUCAGUGUUGGGAGAGACAAAUUGUUCCAGCUGCAUUGUGCAGAUACUGGAAGGCGACUGGGAUCUUUCGGAAGGGCCAAGUCUAGUUAUCUGGGCGACAGUUGGUUCACAGCCUUGCAAUUUGACGAACAAUCUAAGCACGCGUUUGUCGGUGAUUACGGUGGUGAAAUAACGAUGCUGAAGGUGGAACCCAACUCCAUAAGCCUCGUGGCCUGCCUCAGCGCUCACAGUGGGAGCAUCAGGACCCUGGCAUGGGACUCUGAGAAGCAGCUACUGUUCUCUGGUAGUUUCGAUCAAAAUAUCAUCGUGUGGGACAUUGGGGGACGUCAAGGAGUCGCUUAUGAAUUGCAUGGGCAUCGUAACAAAGUCACAGCGUUGUGCUUCGCAAGUAGUGAAAAAUUGCUACUCUCUGGGGGUGAGGAUGGAGUCAUUGUGGGCUGGAGCAUGGCUGGGGCCAGGAAAGAGACUGCCACUUGGGAAGAAUCUGAUAUUUGUCAAUCUUGUUCACGACCAUUUUUCUGGAAUAUGAAAGCCAUGAUGGACCAACGACAAUUGGGACUGAGACAACACCACUGCAGGAAUUGUGGAAGGGCCCUCUGUGAUCGUUGCACGUCCCAGAGGAUUCCCAUUCCUGCCAUGGGUUUUGAGUUUGAAGUUCGGGUCUGUGAUCCCUGCCACAUUCAGCUGAAAGCUUCCAAUCAAACAUCGAUGGCAUCAUUUCACGAUGCAAAACACAGCAUCACAGCGAUGGACCUGGACGUCUCACGAAGAAAAUUAUUAACGGUCGGUCAGGAUCGAGUCAUUAAAAUUUGGGACAUUACAGCUCUCCUCCAGCAAUAAAAUGUCUCUCUUUCUCGAGUGAUCUAACUCAUAAAACAAGUAUGGCAGGGCUUCAAACCCUGUAAGAUUGCAUACGUUGGCUUCAUAAGUGUGUCGAAAUUGCUUCUCAUCGAAUCAAAACAAACGAUUAAAAUUAAUUAUUAACUAGCACGCCUGAUUCAAUUCUAGGAGAUGAACUACUAUAUUUUUGGGAAUAAGAAGUCUACAACUAUUUCUUCAUCACUGUUGGAUAAAAAAUUUUUUCAAUUACUGUAAAUAAUUCUUGUGAAACGCUGCUGACGAAUUUGUACUUCAAUUUGAAACUGAAAUAUCCAUCGAGUUUUUGUAUUUAAUUGAAAGAAUGAUUAUGUCCAUUGAAAUAUAAUGUAAAAAUAGAGGAAUGGGAAGGUACUGAGAUGUAGAGAGAAAUACUUCAGUCACACUCACUGAAAAAACUGUAAACUAGGUUUUUAUGAGACAAUUUUUACGGUUUUGUUAAUUGUUUUGUUGUUUUUUUUUAAUGUCAAGAGAUGUUUUCGUACCUGAGAAGAUUCUCUGUGAAAAAAUUUCUGCGACAUUUUUUCUACACCCUCUUAACCCCAAAUAAUCCAAGAAAUCAAAUCAGUGAAAUUGAUUGAAAAAUAAAAAAUAUUGGAUUGAUUUUUUUUUCUCUUCUCUGUGAAUGCAUUAUAAACAGCAUCCAUUGUACUGAUUCUAAAGUCCACUCAUCACAACAGCUAUUCACCCUCUCCACAAAUAAACACUGUAUAUUACUCGAUAGUACGAAUGACCGCAUGUAUGUUGCAAAAAUGUUUCUACUGUCGUUUCCUGCGUAUCAAGUGAUUCAUAAAAAUUGAAUGAGAUACACGCGCUUCCAUAGAGAUUAAUGUAUCGAGGAAUGUGAAGAUUCCCUUGGUCACUGUGUCUAUAAUGCUUUGUGUAAUCCAUUCCAUAGGCAGCCCCUCUACUCGACAAGUUUGAAUAUUAUCAAUGUAUGUACUGUACGUAACAAAUAUUAAGAUUUCUUUUCAAUUUAUUUUCAGAAUGGUGAUGUAUUCGUUACUUAAGUACACUCGGUCAUGUGUAAAAAUUGAUCAAAGAAAUAUAUGACGUUAUUAUCAAGUCA